CCUCCCCGCCCGUGGAGUCUUCCAGAAGUCGCCGGCAGACCAGUGCGGCGGUUAGCUUAGCCACACUCCGGAUCUCCACCAUUAAACAUCGUAGUUUUACCAGUUAAACUCUUGUUUAGUGGCCGCAUCCACCAGUCAACAUGUCCAGUAUGGGGACAUUGGCGUUUGAUGAGUAUGGGAGGCCUUUCAUCAUCAUUAAAGACCAGGACAAGAAGACACGGCUCUCGGGCAUUGACGCACUUAAGUCUCACAUUAUGGCAGCCAAGGCGGUGGCGUCGACGCUCAAAACAUCCUUGGGACCUAAUGGCCUUGACAAGAUGAUGGUUGACAGGGAUGGAGAAGUGACCGUCACCAACGAUGGAGCCACUAUCCUCAGCAUGAUGGAUGUGGACCACCAGAUUGCCAAGUUGAUGGUGGAGCUCUCCAAGUCCCAGGAUGAUGAGAUUGGUGAUGGAACCACUGGAGUUGUUGUGCUGGCUGGGGCUCUCCUUGAGCAGGCUGAGCAGCUGCUGGACCGCGGUAUCCACCCCAUCAGGAUCUCCGACGGUUACGACCAGGCUGCAGUCAUUGCCAUUGCGGAGCUGGACAGAAUUGGAGAAACCUUCCCCUUCGAUCCCAACAACAGAGAACCACUCAUUCAGACUGCCAUGACAACGCUGGGGUCCAAAGUUAUCAACCGGUGCCACAGACAGAUGGCAGAGAUUGCAGUGAACGCCAUCCUUACUGUUGCUGACAUGGACAGGAAGGAUGUUGACUUUGAGCUGAUCAAGAUGGAGGGCAAGGUGGGAGGCAAGCUGGAGGACACACAGCUCAUCAAGGGAGUCGUAGUGGACAAGGAGUUCAGCCACCCUCAGAUGCCCAAGGUUCUGAAAGAUGUUAAGAUCGCUAUCCUCACCUGCCCGUUUGAGCCCCCAAAGCCAAAGACCAAACAUAAGUUGGAUGUGACCUCCGUGGAAGACUACAAAGCACUCCAGGCAUAUGAAAAGGAAAAGUUUGCGGAGAUGAUCCAACAGGUCAAAAGUAACGGGGCUACCUUGGCCAUCUGUCAGUGGGGCUUCGAUGAUGAAGCCAACCACCUUCUGCUGCAGAACGAUCUGCCGGCCGUGCGGUGGGUCGGAGGGCCCGAGAUCGAGUUGAUCGCCAUUGCCACAGGAGGCCGCAUCGUGCCGAGGUUCUCUGAGCUGACACCAGAGAAACUUGGCGUAGCUGGUUUGGUGAAGGAAAUCUCCUUUGGUACUACAAAGGAUCACAUGCUGGUUAUCCAGGAGUGCAAGAACACCAGGGCAGUGACCAUUUUCAUCCGUGGAGGCAACAAAAUGAUCAUUGAAGAGGCCAAGCGUGCGCUCCAUGAUGCUCUGUGUGUCAUUCGCAACCUGGUCAGAGAUAACCGUGUUGUGUACGGAGGAGGAGCUUCAGAGAUUGCAUGUGCCCUGGCUGUCAACCAGGCUGCAGACAAAUGUCCAUCUUUGGAACAGUAUGCCAUGAGGGCGUUUGCUGAUGCGCUAGAGGUAAUCCCAAUGGCAUUGGCAGAGAACAGUGGGCUGAACCCUAUCCAGAACAUGACAGAGAUCAGAGCCAGACAGGUCAAAGAGAACAACCCAUUCCUCGGCAUCGAUUGUCUGAAUAACAACACCAAUGACAUGAAGCACCAACAUGUGAUCGAGACCCUGAUCGGCAAGAAGCAGCAGAUCCUGCUGGCUACUCAGGUGGUAAAGAUGAUCCUUAAGAUCGACGACAUCCGAAGCCAGGGGGAGAGCGAGGACUAAAGAACUCCUGAACGUCACAAGGCUCGGCUGUGCCCUGUAACGCUUGUUGAUGCGUGUGCUAUUUUAGAGGUGUUAAGCACUUCCCCAGAGCACCAUGUCCAAACCGCACUGCAUACUGCUAUUUAUCAUUUGAUACAAAAUGUUCAAGCUGUAAUCGUAACGUUAAAAAUUCGUACCAUUAAAAUCUUGGUCUGUUGAAA